AUGCCUUCGGACCAAAGUACCUGGAUUAUAUCUGCACCACUUAAUGGCGACUCUGAAGGCAUUGUUCAGGAACUUACAACGAAACUGGUCCAGCAGUCCAAGUCAAUAUCUGCUAAUUCCAUCGCCGAACUUGGUAUUCCUUCCUUCAAGACAGGGACUUUAGACUCGCUCAUAGCGUUAUCAGAAGAUCUGCCAAAGCAGGAUACAUUCUUCACGAAUACCGUCGCAAAGGUCGUCGAUACUCUGCGCAAUUUGCUCAACAACGAUCCAUCCAAAUUAUCCCAGCACAUCCUAGUGAACGAAAGCAGCAUCGAGAGCUAUCUUCUUGGCCAAUGGAGAUGGAAUGAGAGCCGAUACGGAGUGCAGAAAGGUUUGAGGGAUAUGGUAGACACCUUGAACAAAGAAAUGACUUCAAUUGAUAAUGCAAUGAGGGCCAAGCUCACGAACUACAAUCUCGUCAAAGGAUCACUUGUUCAGAUGCAACGCAAGAAGACUGGGAACCUAUCCGUGCGAUCGCUUGCGGACGUCGUUUCAAAAGAGAAUUUUAUACAAGACUCAGAAUACCUCGAAACGCUACUUGCUGCAGUGCCAAAAAAUCUCGUUAAGGACUGGCAUGCGAAAUAUGAACGUCUCGCAAACAUGGUCGUACCCAGAUCAUCAAACGUUGUCGCCUCAGAUGAUGAAUACACCCUCUUUAGCGUGGUCAUUUUUCGACGUGUUCAUGAUGAAUUCAUCCAGCAGUGCCGGGAGAAUAAGUUUACCAUUCGCGAUUUCAUUUUUUCUGAAGAAGAAAUCGCUAAGCAACGCCAGGAGUUGGACACGGCUGAUGUUACUGAACGAGAGCUCUGGACGGAGUUACUACAUCUAUCUCGCACAAAUUUUUCGGAAUCGUUCCAAAUUCUAGUCCAUCUCAAGGUCAUCAGAUUGUUCGUCGAAAGCGUGCUUCGCUAUGGUUUACCUGCGAACUAUAUCGGGAUUGUUAUUCAGCCUGAUCCUAAAUCUGCGAAAAAGACAUUCAGCAUCUUGCAAUCACAUUUUUCUUACCUUGGUUCGGGUUCACACUCCAGAGGUACAAAAUUGAAAGGAGGUGAUACAGAGGAGUUUGUUGGGGAAUAUCAGACUCUCAUGGAACAAGAGUUCUAUGACUUCGUCCUGUAUGAAGUGCCGUGGGUUACUCAGUAA